CGCGGAGCUCCCAAUGGGAGCGGUGGUGGUGCUGUGCGCGAGGCCCGCCUGCGCGGCUCGGGGCGGUGCUGAGACGGGCGGGCGUUGAGGCGGCCGUUUCCUGUCCUGGUGCAUGGUGGUCGGACGGAGGAAUUGUUGGAAAAUUUCUCGGCGAGGUAGACAAUGUUAUUAGCUCAGAUAAAUCGAGACUCUCAGGGCAUGACUGAAUUUUCUGGAGGAGGAAUGGAGGCCCAGCAUGUGACUCUUUGUCUAACAGAAGCUGUAGCUGUGCAAGGUGAAUCUCCAGAUGGUGACAACUUAGAAAACAUGGAAGGUGUAAGUUUGCAAGCAGUUACCCUUGCUGAUGGCUCCACUGCUUACAUACAGCACAAUUCUAAAGAUGGGAAAUUAAUGGAUGGACAAGUGAUUCAAUUAGAAGAUGGUUCUGCUGCUUACGUUCAACAUGUACCCAUGCCUAAAAGCAGAGACAGCUUGCGUCUGGAAGAUGGACAAGCAGUUCAGCUGGAGGAUGGAACUACAGCAUUUAUUCAUCACACCUCAAAAGACAGUUACGACCAGAGUGCAUUACAAGCAGUCCAGCUGGAGGAUGGAACUACGGCCUACAUUCACCACACAGUGCAAAUGCCACAGUCAGAUACCAUUUUAGCCAUUCAAGCUGAUGGCACAGUGGCAGGUCUUCAUACAGGAGAUGCUGCCAUUGACCCAGAUACCAUCAGUGCUUUGGAGCAAUAUGCAGCCAAGGUGUCUAUUGAUGGAAAUGAUGGUGUUAGUGGCACAGGAAUGAUAGGUGAAAAUGAACAAGAUAAAAAAAUGCAGAUUGUCUUGCAAGGACAUGGAACACGAGUGAAUACAAAAUCUCAGCCAAGUGGAGAGAAAGCCUUUCGCUGUGACUAUGAUGGCUGUGGCAAACUAUACACAACAGCUCACCAUCUUAAGGUGCAUGAAAGAUCACACACAGGAGACAGGCCAUAUCAGUGUGAACAUCCUGGAUGUGGCAAAGCCUUUGCAACAGGGUAUGGGUUAAAAAGUCAUGUCCGAACACACACUGGUGAAAAGCCUUAUCGGUGCACAGAAGAAAAUUGCACCAAGUCAUUCAAGACUUCAGGAGACCUGCAGAAACAUAUCCGAACCCACACAGGUGAAAGGCCCUUUAAGUGUCCAUUUGAAGGAUGUGGCAGGUCAUUCACAACAUCUAAUAUUAGAAAGGUUCACAUCAGGACACAUACGGGCGAAAGGCCUUAUUACUGUACAGAGCCAGGAUGUGGGAGAGCUUUUGCCAGUGCAACUAAUUAUAAGAAUCAUGUGAGAAUACACACAGGGGAGAAGCCCUAUGUCUGUACAGUUCCUGGUUGUGACAAACGUUUUACAGAGUACUCUAGUUUAUACAAGCAUCAUGUUGUACAUACUCAUUCCAAACCAUAUAACUGUAAUCACUGUGGGAAAACAUACAAGCAGAUUUCUACACUUGCUAUGCAUAAGCGGACAGCGCACAAUGACACAGAACCCAUUGAAGAAGAACAAGAGGCUUUUUUUGAGCCACCUCCAGGUCAAGGUGAAGAUGUUCUCAAAGGUUCCCAAAUAACCUAUGUGACAGGUGUAGAUGGAGAAGAUGUAAUUUCUGCACAGGUUGCUACAGUUACUCAGUCAGGAUUAGGUCAGCAAGUAGCACUAAUAUCCCAGGAUGGAACGCAACAUGUCAACAUAACCCAGGCAGAUAUGCAGGCCAUUGGCAAUACUAUCACUAUGGUAACACAAGAUGGCACCACCAUCACAGUACCUGCCCAUGAUGCCGUCAUCUCUUCUGCAGGAACACAUUCUGUAGCAAUGGUUACUGCUGAAGGCACUGAAGGACAGCAGGUUGCUAUUGUGGCUCAAGACUUAGCAGCAUUUCAUAGCGCCCCAUCAGACAUGGGACAUCAGCAACAUGGGCACCAUUUAGUGACUACAGAAACCAGACCUGUCACAUUGUUGGCUACAUCAAAUGGAACACAAAUUGCAGUACAGCUUGGAGAACAACAGUCUCUGGAAGAAGCCAUUAGAAUAGCCUCCAGAAUACAACAGGGUGAAACACCAGGGAUUGAUGAUUAACUUCUAAAACUGCUACCAGAACAAUAGAGUGAAAGGUAUUUUAUUUUCAAUCAAAGGUCCAUGCCAGCAGCAGCCCAUAAAAACUUUGAAGUUCCGCACUCACUGAAACUGUACACAUUUUAUGCAAGAGUGAAGAACAUUUUGUAAGUUUUGUGUACGUAACCCUUGGAAUGGACUGACAUCACCUGCUUCCAACUGUUGUGUUUUCAGGAAUGUGUAAUUAGGAUUAUAUAGUAAAUUUCCUUGUUAGACUUUCAUCAGAUUUCAGACUGAUCUACAAGCAAAUGAAAAAUUGAAUAUAAGUAUUGGAAUUAAUUUUUAAUGUCAUGUGCGAAUAAUGCAGGCAUUACUGAAGAACUCAAAUAUUUAAAAUACUAUUGAAAAAAGUCAUCCUUUCAGGAACCCUUACAAGUAAUAAAGAUGACAGAGCCUUUUAAAUUGCAUUCCAUAAAUGGAAAAGUCUUGGAUUUGAGCCAACUGUAAAUCUUCAUAGUUUGAUUUGUUUCAUACGGAUUUGAAUACUCUUUGGAUUAUCUACCCUGUCUUAUUCAUUGUAAAUACAGACUGUUAAUGCUGGAAGUGCUAAUUAUAUUAUCUUUAAAUUGGAUUAUGUACAAAGGUGACGCUUUGGUUGUUCAAUAUUAAAGGAAGUAAAUCUAAUGAUUUUUGUUUCUUUACAUAUUUUACUUAAGAUGUUACUCUCAAAUUAUUAUGCAAUAAAAUAUAGCAAGAUUGUAUUGUCUAGAUAGGAUGAUAUUGUUGUGUGACAUACUGGUUUACUUUUUAAUGAGACUGAAGUUCAAAUUAUUUAUUUAUGGCCAUGUAUAAAUUUUUCAAAGCUUAUUAAUCAUAAACUUAAUUUCUGAUGUAUUAAUUUUGGUCGUAAUCCACUAUAGUGUAUUAAGUAAUUAUUGUUAAUAGUUGCUUUAAACAUUCUAAAGCACUACAAGAAUGAUUAAAGUAAUUAGUAAUUAGGCAACCGAUUUUGACUUAAAAAGUAAACAUACCUGUUUUCAAGAGGUAAGUUUACUUUUCAAAUGGUGCAUUUGCAGCAAAAGAACAAGUACUAAUAGUCUAUUUUCAACAGUUCUGAGUGCCUGCUGCUACCAUUCAGUACCCAGGUUGUGCUGAUAACCAGUGCUUUUGAAAAUCAGGACACAAGUUACUAGAAAAAAGGGAUUAGUUAAUGGUGAUGUAAGUACAAUGCCUCUCUAUGCCUAUCAUUCUGUAAAGGGAAAAAAUCCAUCGUAGAUAUGUCUAACACAUGCAGUAAAAAGUAAUUUUUUAUAUAUAUGGAAAAAUGUCUUUUGUUAGUAAACUUGUUAAAUUAAAAAUUUUUGGCUUCAUGUAAAAUUCAGUGCUAAUUUUAGAUGAGUGGCAAAAGCACUUCUGAAACUGAAGCUUCAUCUUUUACAUUCUCAAGGGAAGGAGUAAACAUCUUCUGGAUGAAGCGUUAAUCAAGUAAUUGUUUUCUAAGUAUUGUGAGGUACACAUUUUACAUUAAGUCGGUAACUACAUACCCUGAGGUAUUUGACCUCAAAAAGGCCAAGUUUAAAUAAUAUGAAGCUAAUUUAUCAUGAAUUACUGUAUCAGAGUGGGUUGCAGCCUUUUGUUUUUCAUACAGAUGACCAAUUGAAAAGUGCAGUGAAAGAAUAUGGUACUGUGGGAUAGAUGUGGAUCUAUUACAAAGUAAAACCUGGAAACAUUGAGGUUUUUCUGUAACUUUUGCACAGGAUUGAGGCUGCUUGCUCACCUAGGUGCCAGUUUUCUUUCCUAAAGUGUUGUAAUUCUUGAUAUCCCAUGGAGAUAAAUGUACUAUGCAAGGAGGAUUCAUUGCCUGUCAGCUAGAUCCGUUUCUUAGUACUUAUUACCUUUUAGACAUUAAAGACUUAUCAUUUGACAAGA